AUUUACCCACAUGACUCCAUUCUGCUUCUUCUCAGGAUCAACGUUCUAGGGAUGGAUCCCCUGAGCACACCUUUUGACAAUGAGUUCUACAAUGGACUCUGUGACCGGAUACGGGAUGGAAACACUUUGACAUACUAUCGCAAACCCUGGAAUGUAGCUUUUCUGGCCUUUGAAACCAAGGCUGAUAAAAGUUUCAGAACUGAGAAUUAUGAAGAACAGAUUCAAAUAUUCAAAAGCAUCAUCAAGGAGAAGACCUCAAAUUUUAAUGCAGAUUUAUCUCUAAAACUUACAGUCACUGAAACACCUGUAAAAGGAGCUAAUGACAUUUUCCCAGACAAAAACUCUUCAAAGCCUAGGGACACUUCAGCUAAGUUUCAAUUUUCAUAUUUCAAGAAUGAAAAUUUUCAACGAUUGUCGACAUACUUUUCAAAGACGGAAAAAGUGUUUCUGCAUGUGAAAGGCAUGGUUCAUCUAGGUAGAUUUGUGAUGAGAAAUCGAGACGUUGUAGUGACAACAACUUUCCUGGAUGACAUAAAAGCUCUGCCAGUUUCCUAUGAAAAGGGAGAAUAUUUUGGAUUUUUGGAAACGUAUGGGACUCACUACAGUAGCUCUGGGUCUCUGGGAGGACUCUACGAAAUUAUCUAUGUCUUGGAUAAAGCUUCCAUGAAAGAGAAAGGUAUUGACCUGAAUGAUGUAAAGCAUUGUCUUGGCUUUAAACUGGAUGUAUCUCUAACCACCCCUAUACAAAGCAUCUUAGAUGGACCAUCACUCACAGCAAAUGUUAAUAAAAAUGAUUGCACAAAGACCGGUGGUGGUAAAACUGUAAACAUCACCAGUGAUAACAUCAUAGAUGACGUCAUUUCAUUCAUAAGAGGAGGAACCAGUAAACACGCAAUUCUCCUGAAAGAAAAGCUUCUCAGAGGAGCCAAGACAAUUGAUGUGGAUGACUUUGUCAACUGGGCAACAUCCUUGAAUGAUGCUCCAGCUCUCAUUAGUCAAAAACUAUCCCCUAUAUAUAAUCUGGUUCCUUUAAAAAUAAAAGAUGCAUACGUAAAGAAACAGAAUUUGGAAAGAGCUGUUGAAGACUAUAUCAAUGAAUUCAGUGUUAGAAAAUGCCAUCCUUGUCAAAAUGGAGGAACAGCGGUUCUUCUGGAUGGGCAGUGCCUCUGUUCCUGCCCACUCACAUUUAAGGGAAUCGCCUGUGAAAUCAGUAAACGGUAUCUUUAAGGU